GGACUUUGCAGCCGACUCCAUGACUUGUGCAGGCGAUGGCUGAGCCCAGGAAAGCACAGCAAAGCCCAGAUGCUGGACCUGGUGGUUCUGGAGCGGCUCUUGGCUCUCCUGCCCCCAGAGAUGGAGGGCUGGGUGCGGGCGUGUGGAGCAGAGACCAGCUCCCAGGCGGUGGCCCUGGCGGAAGGCUUCCUCCUGAGCAAGGUGGAGGAGCAGAAGGAGCAGCUCCAGUGUCAGUGCUGCACUGUGGAGAUCAGAGAUGCUGAGGGAAAGAAGAACCCAUCAAAUCCCCCUCAGGAGCUUUUUUUCAGGAAGAUCCCUUGGGAAGAUCCAAGUCAGGACCCCUCAGGAGGAGGGUCUUGUGUCCUUCGAGGAGGUGGCUGUGUAUUUCUCUGAGGAAGAAUGGUCUCAGCUGGAUCCUGACCAGAAAGCGCUGCAUUCAGAAGUCAUGCUUGAAAACCAUAGGAACGUGGUGUCUCUGGGUAAUAAUGGGCAGGAGAAUCAAGAUUCCUGUGAAAUGUUCCAAGUGAUCAAUGCUAAAGAUGGAACGGAGAAGUUUGGAAUUCAAAUGGAAUUCGGAAGCCAUGAAAAAAAACAGUCAAAGAAUUCCAACCAGGACAGCUCCUCUUCCAGGGAUGCUCCAAUGCAAAACAAAGGAGAUGAUGCUAUAAGAAGACACAAUGGACAAAAUUACAAUGGGACAUUCAUUCUUUCUCUUGGGAAUAACUUCUUUACAUCUCAAAAAGUGAUUGACACAAAAGAGAAGCCUUAUAAAUGUUUGGAAUGUGGAAAAUGUUUUAGAACAAACAGGGAACUUACUAUCCAUAAAAGGAUCCACACAGGGGAGAAGCCAUUUAAAUGCAUGGAAAAAGCCUCCUUUGCUUGUAGAUAUAAACUUAUUUCCCAUAAGAUGAUCCACACGAAAGAAGCCAUAUAAAUGUAUGGAAUUUGCUCAUAGAUGAAAUGUUAUCUCCCACUA